AUGCGGAGAAGGAAAAAGGGACAGCAGAGACAAAAUCCGGAAACUACCUUUGAAGUGUAUGCAGAAGUAACCUAUUCAGGAAUCAGUUGCGCUGGGAAAGAUCCUGAGGUGCGGAGGCAAUUCCCAGAGGGCUACAGUGACCAGGAAGUUCUACAGACUUUGACCAAGUUUUGUUUCCCCUUCUAUGUGGACAGCCAUGCAGUUAACCAAGUUGGGCAGAACUUUACAUUUGUGCUUACAGACAUUGACAGCAAACAGAGGUUUGGAUUCUGUCGCUUAUCUUCUGGGGCCAAGAGCUGCUUCUGUAUCUUAAGUUACCUCCCAUGGUUUGAAGUCUUUUAUAAGCUGCUCAAUGUCUUGGCAGAUUAUUCAGCAAAAGGACAGGAUAGUCAAAGGAGUGAGCUCUUAGAAACAUUUCAUAAACUUACCAUCCCUGAGCCAGGAACUUCUGUUCAUCUUGGAGUGCACUCUUACUUUACUGUGCCUGACAUCAGAGAACUCCCCAGUAUACCUGAAAACAGAAAUCUGACAGAGUAUUUUGUAGCAGUUGAUGUCAACAACAUGCUGCAUCUCUAUGCCAGUAUGCUGUAUGAACGCCGCAUCCUCAUUUGUUGUAGUAAGCUGAGCACUUUAACUGCCUGCAUUCAUGGGUCUGCAGCUAUGCUCUACCCGAUGUUCUGGCAGCAUGUUUACAUUCCUGUUCUGCCCCCACAUCUAUUGGACUACUGUUGUGCCCCAAUGCCCUACCUCAUUGGAAUACAUUUAAGUUUGAUGGAGAAAGUAAGAAACAUGGCCCUGGAAGAUGUAGUGAUUCUCAAUGUAGACACCAACACACUGGAAACCCCUUUUGAUGACCUUCAGAGCCUUCCUAAUGAUGUGGUUUCUGCACUGAAGAGCAGGUUGAAGAAAGUUUCUACCACCACUGGAGAUGGUGUUGCAAGAGCGUUUCUAAAAGCACAAGCAUCUUUCUUUGGGAGCUACAGAAAUGCCCUGAAAAUUGAACCUGGUGAGCCCAUCACUUUUUGUGAAGAAACGUUUGUGUCCCAUCGUUCCGCUGUCAUGAGGCAGUUUCUUCAGAAUGCCAUUCAGCUCCAGCUCUUUAAGCAGUUCAUUGAUGGCCGUCUGGAUCUUCUUAACUCUGGGGAGGGCUUCAGUGAUGUUUUUGAAGAAGAGAUAAAUAUGGGAGAAUAUGCAGGUAGCGACAAAUUGUACCACCAGUGGCUCUCUACAGUAAGGAAAGGAAGCGGAGCCAUUUUAAAUACAGUAAAGACCAAGGCUAACCCUGCCAUGAAGACUGUCUAUAAGUUUGCAAAAGAUCAUGCAAAAAUGGGAAUAAAAGAAGUGAAAAACCGCUUGAAGCAAAAGGACAUCGCCGAGAACGGGUGUUCUGCGGCACCGGAGGAAGCUCCACCAAGGACGGCACCUUCCCCAUUGGUGGAAAAGAAGGACCCUAAAUUAAGAGAAGACAGAAGGCCAAUCACAGUGCACUUUGGUCAGCAGCACAGACUCCGUCCGCCUCGGCCACCGCCUCCAAAGAUACAGCGCUCAUCUAGGCCCGUUCGCCCACCAAGACCUCACGUUGUUAAGAGACCCAAGAGCAAUAUUGCUGUGGAAGGACGAAGGACUUCAGUUUCUAGUCCAGAACACCUUGUAAAGCCCAUGCGACACUAUACAGUCUUCCUCUCUGAGGACUCUUCUGAUGAUGAAUUUCAGCAGGAAGAGGAUCCUGUCUCUGGCUUCUCUGAAAACUUUUUCUUCUCUGCUCCUUUUGAAUGGCCUCAGCCAUACCGGGCCCUGAAGGAAUCUGAUAGUGCUGAUGGGGAAGAGGCAAUCAGUCCAGAAAAAUCAAAAGAGCCUCUGCCUCCGAGCCCUCUGCUCUCGAGCAAGGCCACAGAAAUCAACCUCCUUGAAGACAUUUUCCCUAACUUAGAAGUAGAAACACAGCCUCAGCCUCUCAGCCAAGCCAAGAGCCUGGAAGACCUGCGGACUCCCAAGGAAGAGAGCGCUCAGCGCUGCACGUUUGACUACCAGAGAAUGGAUCUUGGUGUGUCUGAGAGGAACAGGAUCGUGCCAACCAUGAAGCUGUCUCACCCUUACAACAAGCUGUGGAGCAUGGGUCACGACGACAUGGCUAUUCCUACCAAGUACGCGCAGAGCUCGCCGGAGAGGCCCCUGGCUGCUCUCGGGAACACGCCGCUGAUCACACGGAGACCCCGGAGCAGAGACAGUGGUCUGGCUCCUGCGGAAAAGGAGGACUCGAACCCUGCUGUCCAAGGGAACAUCACCAUUCCCAGGCCACAGGGGAGGAAGACUCCAGAGCUGGGGAUAGUGCCACCGCCACCAGCUCCCAGGGCUUCCAAGCACCAGGCUCCAGCUGGGCCAACAGAAAUUCUCACCACCCAGGCUACAGGACGGAGCCAUUUGGUUUCAGAUCUUAUCCCAGAGCCCUUUGGGGUUGGCAGUGUGUCCUUAGACCCUGAAAUCCAGCAGUCUGUAAAUUACUCCUCUCGCCCGUCUCAGCUUUUGUCCAGUGCCUCCAGCACUGCUGAGAUGCUCCAGCCUGUCAAGGUGAAGACGGAGAACACAGGUAAUGAAAGCGACUACCUUCUUAAUCUCCUGGAUCCACUGAAAACAGCCAGCUGGCAAAGCAGCGGCCCGCAGCAAGGUCCCUGCAGCCUGCAGAGCUCAGCCACCCCGCCUUCAGCAGCUGGCUUUGUCUCGGUGGCAAGUGACUUUGUGCCUCCUCCCCAGGCUGCACCAUUUGUCCAGGCACUUGGUUAUCCUUCCCCCGCACCAUCACCUUUUCUACAGCCAUCUCCUAACCCAUUCACACAGACAGUGCCAGGAGCCCUUUCCGUGUCACUGGUCAGAGCCCCGAGGGGCUCCUUCACCCCCUCUUUAGGUCACGCUUACAGCUCUAGCUUCAUAACACCUAAUUCUAGCUUCUACCCACCACAGCGACCUCAGCCAAACAUUUCGACCCUCUCCAUGCCCAACUUGUUCAGCCAGGCUCCGACCGUGCCGCCGGGCGGCUCCUUACUGCUGCAGAGCCACAGCCCUUCCCCCACCAGCCCCCUGCAGCCAGGAGGCUUCGGCACGAGAACCAGAACGUUACGGGUGGGCCAGGCCAGCGCAAAGGUAGAUCCCAAACAGGCACUAGCUCUCCUGUCCCAUGAACCCCCUCUGAUCCCUUCCAGGCCAGCUAAGGGCUUAGAGUCAGUGUUACUGUCCUCAAAAUCUGAGGAGACAAAAGAUCCAUUUGAAGAUUUGUUAAAAAAAACAAAGCAAGACGUGUCAUCCACAGCGGGUAAGGUUGAACAGCUCAGAAAGCGAUGGGAAACCUUUGAGUAACGCUCCCAAUGGCCUUUUGAUGUCCCUUUGGAAUGGACAGAGGGUUGUUUUGUUUUUUUGAGCCAGCAUAAAACCAAGCAUUUUUUUAAUGGAAGGCUGAGCCAGGAUAGCUGCAGGACCAUCACCGUGCUGCAAUUCACACACGAGUGCUUUUUGCCCAGAGUUCAGAGUCCCCCCAUUGUCCCUGCGGCUGCUUCCUCACGCUCCACUGCUGGAAGCCCCCAGGACUCCUGCACUGACCAAAGCACGAGGUGGGUUGGGGUUGGGGGGGGGUUCCCACACACACAGCUUCUCAGACAGUACUACUGAUGCAAAGUUACUCCUUCCCUGGCAUUUGCAGCCCUUGGUGCAGCGGGAGCAUGGCACGCUGCACUAGUGGUUUUGCUUUUCCUUGUGUUACACCCGUAGCUGUAAUAUUUUGCUCCCACACGUGAAGUGCAGCAAACAGACCCCGACGUGUGGGCUGCGCUGAAGUGUAGCCCCUUAGGCUCUGAGCUUGUCCUGCCCCGACAGGGGGCCAGGCAUCGGGGUUACGCUGUUGGAUGAGCUUUUGUUGCGGAUUUCCCACAUCCCUCCCCAGUACACUGACACGGAGAGGUGGCAGAGACCUCGCCGGUGCAGAAGUGUCAUGAGUCCUUGUUGCAACAAAACCACAGCACAGAGCAGUUGCUCAGGGUUUGGUCCUGCAUCUCUGUUGGGAAACUGGAAACACCAGCAAAUGUUUUUCCGUUUGGGGUUUUUGUUUAUUGUCUGGGUUUUUUUGUUAAAUACACCAGAAAAUGGAGGCCAUAAAGAGUAUCCUAGUUCUUAUAUAUGUGUAUGUUAAUAUUAUGUAUAAAUAUUAUAAAUGGCAGUACACGAAUGGGAUGUAACAAUAUCUAACUUGAUUAUUAGGCGAAAAAAGA